GGCCGCUCCUCCGGUGACGGCGCAGCGCGGCGCGGGAUUGGCUGGGCGCGGCCCCGCGCGGGGCACGGCGGGGCGGGCGGGCCGAUGGCGGCCAUCGGGGUGCACCUGGGCGCCACCUGUGCGUGCGCCGCCGUGUACAAGGAUGGCCGCGCCGAUGUGGUCGCCAACGACGCCGGGGACAGGGUCACUCCCGCGGUCGUGGCGUUCUCAGAGAGCGAGGAGGUUGUUGGCUUAGCCGCGAAGCAAAGCAGGAUAAGAAAUAUUUCAAACGCUGUCGUGAAGGUAAAGCAGAUCCUUGGGCGAAGCUCUGAUGACCCUCAGGCAAAGAAAUACAUUGCAGAAAGCAAAUGCUCUAUGAUUGAGAAGAAUGGAAAACUUCAGUAUGAAAUAGACAACAAACUUAUUAACCCAGAAGAUGUGGCAAAACUAAUUUUCAGUAAAAUGAAAGAGACUGCCCAGUCUGCCUUGGGUUCUGAUGUGAAUGACGUUGUUGUCACUGUACCAUUUGAUUUUGGAGAGAAUCAGAAAAAUGCCCUUGGGGAAGCAGCUGCUGCUGCUGGGUUCAAUGUUAUGAGAUUAAUCCAUGAACCAUCUGCAGCCCUCCUCGCUUAUGGAAUUGGCCAAGAUUCACCCACUGGAAAAAGCAACGUGUUGGUUUAUAAGCUGGGUGGGACAUCACUUUCUAUCACAGUCAUCGAAGUAAACAGUGGAAUAUAUCGUGUGCUUGCUACAAACACAGAUGACAGCAUUGGUGGGGUUUGCUUCACAGAAGCUCUAGCACAACACCUAGCUUCUGAAUUUCAGAGGUCUUGUAAACAUGAUAUUAGAGGAAAUCCUAGAGCCAUGAUGAAAUUAAUGAACAGUGCUGAUAUUGCAAAACACUCUUUAUCAACCCUGGGAAGUGCAAACUGUUUUGUAGAUUCAUUGUAUGAUGGAUUGGAUUUUGAUUGCAAUGUGUCCAGGGCCAGGUUUGAACUUAUCUGUUCUUCACUUUUUAGUAAAUGUGUAGAAGCAAUUAAAAAGCUCUUGCAGCAAGUUGGAUUUACAGCAGACGAUAUUAAUAAGGUAGUUCUUUGUGGUGGGUCUGCUCGAAUCCCAAAGCUACAGCAGCUGAUCAAAGAUAUUUUUCCAACUGUGGAAUUACUGAAUUCAAUUCCUCCAGAUGAAGUUAUUCCAAUUGGUGCAGCCAUAGAGGCAGGAAUUCUGCUAGGGAAAGAGAAUACCUUGUUAGAAGAAGAUGCACUCAUUGAGUGUUCUGCCAAAGAUAUUCUUCUUAAGGGAGUAGACGAGUCAGGGGCUGACAAAUUCACAGUGCUGUUUCCAUCAGGGACACCGCUGCCAGCUCGAAGGCAGCACACCCUGCACGCUCCUGGAAAUAUUUCCUCUGUGUGCCUUGAGCUGUACGAGUCCCUGGGGAAGAGUCCCAUGAACGAAGAAGAGAAAUUUGCACAGAUUGUACUCCAGGAUUUAGAUAAAAAGGACGGCCUACAUGAUAUACUGACUGUUCUCACUAUGAAAAGGGAUGGGUCCUUGCACGUUACCUGCACGGAUCAAGAUACUGGAAAGUGUGAAAUCAUCACUGUUGAAGUGGCAUCGUAGUCCAUCUUGGAAGACAAUAUUUUUCUAACUCAAUUUUUGUUUCUUACUAGCUUUUCUGCCAAAGCAGUGACUUUCUGUGAUAUCUCUCAUGAUUCUUAGAGGACUGUAAUAAACUAAAGUAAAAUCCUACCAAGUUAAUUUGCCAGCAAGUCUGUUAAGAGUGUGUUGCGAAACAUUAGUCAAGGCAUAUGAACAGCAGAUUGUUGAACAAUCAGCUCUUGAUUUAGAAAAUGCAACUACACUGGAAUCAUGUGUGAUCUUGAUAUUGCCCAAAACCAUGAAGGCGGAGCCUAUUUGUACUGGCCUUGUUUGAAUUUACAGGUGAAAUUUUUUUUCAGUUUUUUUUCUGUAAAAUGGUUUUGUGAUAUUACCUGAGAAAUGUAAGAGUUAAGUGUCCUUAUUUAUAUGUUAUUAAAAAAUACAUUUUUUUAUGCAGA